UAUAAGCAGCUAUUAUUCUUCAUUCAACAUGGCGCUCUCCAUGGACAGACCACGAGAUCGAGAUGGAAAUUCACACAAGUUUGGAGCUAAAAGUAGAUUGAAUAGCAGAAAUCAAUCUCCAGGAAUGAAGUCAUCGCUGAAGCAUGCUUAUCGGUCAAAAGUCAUUGGAAAUUUAAAAGAAGGUCAAGGGUAUGCCGACAAAAGGAAGAGAAGAUUUCUCAACAACUAUCAGAAAUUGAGAACAAAACACAGACUUCAAACAGAGAGGAACCAGAGCACAACCGACAAUGAAACAGUCGCUCCUGACAUUGAUGCAUUUGCGCAAAACAUUCAAAGAGAUACAGCGGACAAUGUCGAAGGCAAAAGCAACUCAGCUUCAGAAAGCAAUGUGAGCAGACAAACCGGCAAGGGGAAUGAACAUAAAGAUGGGAGUGAGAUAAAGGAUAAAGGUGAUCCGAAAACUGGAGAAGGGGCAGAGAAAAAGAAGAGAUUCAAGAAGCGAGGAGGCAAGAAAAAUGCAAAGAACAGAUUCACCAAAGCCCAGGCGGAAUUCACAGAGAAGAAAAGAGCUGAGGAGAUGAGAUUACAGGCCCUCACACAGCAGCAAACAGAGAGGGCGCUAGCCCUGGAGCGCUACAAUAAGAAGAAGAUGGACUCGCAUCAGAAGCUGAAGAAGAAGUCACGGAGAGGGCAGCCUCUCAUGAAGUACCACAUGGAAGCUUUACUCGAUAAGAUCAAAGCGCAAGGCACAUGAUGAGAAAAAAGGACAUUAUGGACAAUCAACUAUUUAACUUUUAACAACUGUCUCAAGUUAACUCAAAAGUUAUAACCCUUUUUGUGCCUAAAAUAUCAUUCAUAGAACUCAACUUGAUAUUGAAUGUUCAUAUUUCUGUUUUGUAUUGACAAAUCUAAAACUCCUAGCUCAACGAUAUGUUAAUUUUAUACAUUUAUAUGAUUAUGUCAAUAUGUUUUAUUGCAUUGUACUAUUUUCUUUUAUAUCGUUGAAUAAAGAUGAAUUGAAUUGAAUUGAAUUGAAUGCUCUAUCUUUUUAGAUAAAUGGGGGGGGGGGGGGAAUGAGUCGUGACAAAAUAGUGAGAAAAAGGAAGAGGGGGGCAAAGCAUUAUGGAUGAAAGAUGACCCCCCCCCCCCCUCCCAUGCCCUCACAUUUUUUCAUUUUUCAUUAUACAUGUACAUGUGUAUUUUGUUUUGUGCAACUUUGAUAUUUUUUGGAUUGUUUGCUUAGUUUGCUUUCAUUAUUUUACUGCUGUUACUGCUCCCAAGUCUAUCCUCACAUAAUAAGAAUUGAUUUUUUUUUUUUUUUUAAGCGCUAUAUCCAAUUUAGAACUGAUCAAAGCGCUUUACAAAACAAAUAAAUUGGAUUAAAACCAAACCAAAAACAUGAUAGAAAUGUAAUGCAGUUAAUUACAAUGUAAAUAGGUGUGUUUUAAGAUGCUUCUUAAAUAAUUCAACUGACAAACGUACAGCGUAAUUCACGAGGUAACCCUGCCCCUACUCAAUUCACUCUUGACUAAUAAUUUCUUAGGGUACAUUUUUUGUCAUAUGAUUAGGCUGUUAAAGCUGCUGCAUCAAAUAAAUUUACAUUUACAACGUGUCACUCUUUUAUGAUACAACAGAUGAGAUUGCUGAUCUCCAUAAAUCAUGUACAGAUAUUUGAAUAAACGAAACAUUAAAAGUGAACAGAUAUUGAAAUUCUGA